AUGUCAGUGAAACAAUCAUUCUUGGAUUUCCGUGUCACACCAGAUGCCUUUGGAAAAUGGAUGAAACCAGCAAAGGACAAAAUCAGUGAAAUUAUCAAAGCUACCUUCCAAGCCAAUAAUUGCUUUAGUACUUCUUCUGUUACAUUGUUUAGUGGUGUAAAUGGCGUGUGAGUGAUUAUUUCUACACAUUAACCGUACCAUUAAAGUUGCAUAGAAAUUUCUUACUUGUAUUGUUUUCUUUAAUCACAGUGAGUGUACCCUUCGAUUAUUUCCAGUUGGUCUGAUAACGUUAGAUAUUGUUCAGUACAUCAAAGAUGUUAGUGAAGAAAAAUUACUCUGUCGACAGGUAAGUUUUUGGUACAUUUCCCAGCAAUUUAACUGUCAAACAGUCUACAGCUGGAAUUCUUGCUUGUUACAGUGUGUUCUUUUUCUUUUCUGUCCAUAGCCACAAUGGAAACUAACAGAUCACCAGUUAAAUCAUGAUACCCCUAUAAGGUCAACGUCUCUUCCUCCCCCCCCCCCCCCCUUACAAGCCUUUUUAAAAAUUCCAAUGUGUGAAGCACAAAAUAGCAGUGCAAUAAUAACACCCGGGCCCCCGAAGUCAACUUGAACAAAGAUCAAAUGUCACAGGCUACUAGAAGUUAUAAAACACACCAUAUUCUUAUCAAUGCCAUUAAGAAUACAAUUUACAUGAGUUUUUAUUUCAUUGUUUCAUUACUCACAGUUGAGAGAAUUUAUUUUCCCAGGAUUACACUGACCUUAGAGACAAGGUUGAUGAGGCCUUAUCUUGCGUGAAAGCGGAUUUUAUUCCUACCAUUUGUAGAGGACGGGACAUUCUAUGCUAUCAUGACACAUCAGAUGGCCAAUUUAAGGAAUAUGAUUUUGACAAGUUAGUAUUGCUGGUUUUCACAGUCAUGCCAUCAAAAAUCAAAUAAAAACUAUUCAAUAGGUAAAGCCAAGAAUCUGGGACUUUAGUGAAAGAAGAUUAUAAUAAUAAUUAUGCAAACAACGUACAGUAAAGCCAAGAUCAAGGUCCCUGCAAAUUUUCAUCUGCAAGAUACUCAGAGAAAUCAAGAGAUGUCACGGCCACCAUUUAAAUUCUGCAUCAUGUUGAAGCUUAGGAAUUUAAAUGUACUCUCCGUUCACAGAAUGAAGAACCGUUAUUUUGAAGUGAAAAUUUGUAAAGAUCCCAUCAUGCAACAUACUUGCUUCAUUUGCUGCAUGAGCAACGAAUGUUGCAUGCGGAUGUCGAGGGGAAGGGGGCUUAUGAUAACUUUCUUUCCCAGGAAAGGGGAGGGGUUAAAUUAGUGGGGGAAUUAAUUCACGUUGAAUAAUUAUAGAGGAUUUAUGGUACAUGUAGGUGCUUAUAACCUUAUUUUUCCCUCCCUUGUCUUGUAAAUUACAGGGAAGUGUUCAGAUACAAAUCACAAUAUCAAGAUAUCUGGAUUGUACAUUCUAAUCGUUUUGGAAACAUGCUAUUUCUGGAUCUUGUUGAGAGUAAGUGGAAUUGAGCUUUGCAGUAAGCAGACAUUCAUCUUUUUUUUAUCAUUAACAAAAUCUUGCACCAUGUACAAAGUUUUCUGCUCUGUCUGAGCAGUUGCUUCAAGGAAGGAAGAAUGCUAUUUAUAGUUUAAUGCAAUGUAUAUUGAGUGUAUACAAUUGUCUGGAUUCAUGUGUUCCUUUAGGAUGAUUCGGAUCAGUGAUCCAAGAUUACUUAGAUCAUGAACAUGAACAUCAAAUGAACCAAUGAAUCCUUUCCCUGGUUGGAUUUAUCAGUUCCUUUGAUGCACUCUAAUCCAUCAUCUUCAUGAAUGCACUUUACUUCUAAUCAGCAGUGUUAUAAGGUAUAUACCUACUGUUAAUUCAGCUCUUAUACUCUUUGGCUGUAAAUUCAGGGGCACCCAACGAUGGUUUCCUUCUAGAUACAUUGAAAACACUUUUUAGAAAUUGAUUUUAAGCGGCGCUACAAAAUUUGUAUCUGUUCGGUCAUCCUAGGGGAACUUGAGUCUUUCUAAAAUUACAAGGGCUUGAGGUUUAUUUUUCCGAACAUUUUAGGUGAAAUUUGACGUAUAACGAAAGUAAGACAUUUCCUGAUUCUUAACGCCAUCAAAUUUUUGAAUCCGAAAAUGUUAGGUUACCUUUUUUCUGCAAAAAAUAGCGUAAUUCGGGAAGUAAAAUGUGAAAAUUAAGCUCACAGAAAAUCGUAGGGAAUUUGUACGAUAUGCCUCGAAAAUUGUACAUGAACAGAACGGUCACAUCUAGAGAUUUUUAGCCGUCCUAAACUAAAUCAAUAUAUUCUAGGAAACAGAUUGCGAAUUUAGCAGAUAUAACUUGAAGUGUUUAGAGAAGCGGUAGUUAGCAUACAUUAUUAUUCAUUCAAAAUAUUUCCCCGAUUUUGAUUGGCUAAAAGCACCCGUUUAAUUCACCAUAACCAGUUACUGACGACCAAAUGUAGAAGAAUUUUGUGUUUAACGAGGAAAUGACGUCAAGAAUGCAGCCUUCUGCAGGUUAAUGAACCGUUAACCGAGAAGACCUGGGGACGAGGUUGAGUUGUUUUGGUUGUGAAAACAAAAAUGGCCGACACUUCACUCGUUUCAAGAGUAAGAACUACGUCUAGAACUAGGCGAAGUAAUAGUUAAAAACAGCAAGAAGACAACUCGGAGGUCGACAUCUGCUAUUUGGAGAAUAUUUGCGGAGCUGGACAAACCUAAACGUACACUAUCGAAGAUGAACUGAACAUCGAUGGAUCGAUGGAGGUAAGCAUGUCUUAGCUAUGUUUUUAAACUAGGAAGUAUUUUGAAUGAGUAAUAAAACAAUUAUUGAAUUCGGCUUUCGUAUCAUAUGAAGAAUUAUGGAGAUCUCGUAGGGUGUUAUCCGCCUCGGCCUACGGCCUCGACGGAUAAAACCCUCCUUGAUCUCCAUAAUUCUUCAUAAGAUACUCAGCCUCAUUCUUUAACUGUUAAUGUAGAUAGGAGGCGUUUAGAAAAGAAGCAGUUAUUCUAAUAAUUGUAGAGAAAAUCUAAAGUUUAGAGGGGCAUUUGUACGGUGAUCAUUAUAGUGAAAGAAAUGUCUCUUUCUUGUAUUGUUUUUCCCAUUUGUACCUGUACCUGUCCUGUUCUUUUUAAAGCACUUAACUUAUAGUAACUGACCUUACUUGUCUUCACAGUGAUAGCAGAAGGAGAUAUUAUUUACACAAAAACACUGCUUGCAAAUGGCAGAGAAAACUACAAAGAUAAAGAAAUACUCAUUUUAGGAGGAGGAGAUGGCGGGGUAUUGCAUGAGCUACUGAAGGAAUCCCCAAAAUUUGUCACCAUGGUCGAGAUAUCCUUGAAAAACUGUUGCAAGUUAGAAGUGCAUGCAAAAAGGUUAAGACAACAGCUGACACGUAAAUUAUCACUAAGUUCUGAUAUAAACAUGUAUACACUCAAACAGCCGGAUAUCCCACCAUCUUUCGAUAUUAAUUAUUACGCUCUUUUAUAUGUUUAGUCAAAAGAACAUCCAAGCACUAAGAGCCGGUUAGCGGAGUUUAACGAGUGUUUAACAAAACCAGAAAAUGUUUAAUUCUUGCUGACAAUUUCUUUUUCUUUUUUUUCUCUUUCCUUUUUUCUUUUCUUUAUUGUUAAAAAAAUUAAUCCAAAUUUUCUUUCAGUUCCCUUAACUUGCAUGGUUUACCCUAUAGUUCCAGGAAGCCUAUAGUUUAUAAGCCCCCGGCUUCCAUGUAGGCUUCCAUGCCAUUACCACUUUAAACAUCUGAUUUUGUAAAUAAUUUAGUUAGAAUAGUGUAUAUUAUCUUUAAUCUAUUAUAAAUUUCUGUAUACUGUUGUUGUAUUUGUGGUUAAUGGCAAAUGACAAUUACCGAUUAGCGUAAUAACUCGAGCUCCUGAUUUCCCUUAACGUGCUAUUACAUAGACAAAAUUGUUGUCGAAGCUGCAGCGAAGUACUUGCGAGGGGUUUGCGGUGACACUUUAGAUUCGUAUACAGGACCUAACUAUGAAGUAAGUAUUAACUAAACUUUCUGAAUGUAAAGUGUCUCUGAUCGAGUGUUGUAAACCUGCAUUAAAAACCAACUGACUAAUGAACAGGGAAAAAAAACCAUCAGGAGAAAGUGUAAAAACGCAAUGUGGGAAAUUUCUGCAAUUUGAUUGGCUUAGAGCAGUGGUAUUUCAGCUUAGUUUGAAAUACCUACAAGUGAAAAUUAAAAACCUUUCGUGGGUAGUAGUAUAAACAAAGAAUAGCAUGAUUUGUACGUGAUAUUUGGCAUAAAUACCACGAGUGAUAUUUCAAAAUUGUCUCAAAUUAAGUAUAACAAUUUUGAAAUAUCACUCUGGUAUUUAUGCCAAAUAUCACUACAAAUCAUGCUAUUAAUUAUACAAAUACAAAAAGAAGCGCGAGAGAACAAACUUAAAGAAGAUCAAAACGGAUUGCAAUUGUGGUUUUUUGAAAACUUGUUAGCCUAACAGUUUGUUUUUCAAAGUUCAUUUUUGUUGUUUACAACGUUGCUUGGGAGACAUAUUUGUUUGGCGUGAAGCUGUGAUUUUAAGCAAACAAGGACGUGUAACUGAUGACACAGACCCUUUAAGGCGACUGAACACAGUUUUGGCAGUUUGUGAGUAUAUGUCAUUUGCCAAAUCAAGGCAAGAGAAAGGUUGCAGCUCACAAGCUGAAACUUGGCAAGUAAAAAAUACACUAAUGAAAGAUUUUGAUUGACGUGUAAAAUGUGACGUUUUCCUAGUUUCCAAGGCAACAUGAACGGUUGAAUACAACCUUAAAAUUCCACUUUGCUUAGUUUACAAAAAAAUCGCUCAUUAGAUUUUCCUAUAAAAUUUCACAGCUUACUAUAAUUAAUAAACCAUUUAAAACUUAUUUGACCAAAUUUUAACAGACGGGCUUUCAGAUAGUCAAUAAUAUAAUUGUACUGUGAUUAUUAAAUGUGUCACAAAAUGCGUCUGUUCAACUUCCAUUUUAAAGCUAGUUCUCAUCAAUUAAAAUACCGUAAAAGUAAAAAUUCUCCCAAAUAUCACAACAUUUUAAUGAGUACAUUUUGAGAAAUCGUCCUCUGUGUACUUUUGCUUUUUGGUCGCCAUGUUUGUUUGUCUAACACGCGCCGUCACUCGAGUUACCGCUGACCGCCCGCAAAGCUGUGUUCAGCCAUCUUAACUGGUAGUCAAAAGUACGAGUCAUAACUGCAUACCCUUACACGGUAUCAAAGAACGCCAAAAAAUGGGAUUGAUGUAUCAACCGGAUUUUUUAAUGAACGUUAUCUCCAAUUAGACCUCUUCCGUCAAGUUGUUUUCUCUUCAAAGUUAUUUUUCCUCCAAAGUAGCCAAUAAAAAAACUACUUAGUGCGACCAUUCACUUUUUUCUCUUCUCUUCCUUUCAUCUUCCUCGCUCUUUUUUUCCCUUUCCUUUUCCUUUGCUUGUAUGGUUUUCGAAAAUAUCAUGCACAAAAAACCCUUGCCUUUUGGCCCCUUUUCACUCAAAUGGCUGCAAAUUUCGCUGGGUUCGUUUUUAAAAAGUCGGCUUGAAAUUUGUGCAGAUUUUUGUACGUGUACACUGUAAGUAUAAUCUUUCUCCUCACAGUCUCAUUCAUAGCUAUUGUGAGCAGAGUACAUUUACAUGGAUAUUCGUGGGAACAGUGCAGUUUGGUAUAAAGGAUGUUAGACUAUUAAACUAGAUCUGAGGUCCAAACGCUUUUGCUCCAACGCUGUACUUUGCGUAAGUUUCACGUGACAGAUGGUCAAAACACUCGUGGUGGGAGUAAGAGGGGUAGAAGGUCGAUCCGCGCGUGAUCAAAGUGCGUUUUGUGCAUUCCGUUCAUUCUUGAUUAAGUCCAAACGAAUGCUGGCUACAUAGAUGCGACGCAUGCGUAAUAACAACCUGUAGAUUAGGAUUGCGGGCUCCUCUUGUCACCCACAAUAACUAGUAGUAAUCAUAGAUCAAUGUAUGCGUUGGCGUUUUCUUCGAUUUACCAUGAAACAUUACUAUCGUGCUGAAAUGGUCACCCUACAGUGUAAUUACCCGACAGGAUAAUCAAAAAGUGUACCACAGGAUUGCCAAGAAUAGGAAUUGCGUUCUCCUAACGUCCAACGCAAAUAGCGAAGGUGCCUCGCGUUUGUGGAACGUAGAGCUUUCAAGAGCUCUCUCACAAACCUCGUUUGACUUUGAGCUCACAAAACAAUCUUAUACUACUUAUGAUACAGGUCAGGAUUGAUGAUUGUAUAAAGGCACUUAAGGAGUACGUGGAACUGGGAAAGACAUUUGAUUAUGUGAUCAAUGAUCUGACAGACAUACCAAUAAAUGUCUCUUUGCAAGGUGAGUGCAACAGUUAA